GUCGCCGGCGCCUCCGCCAAAGGCACCACUACUGCCUCCAAACCACGCUCCUCUCGAACCGCUAGAGCGGCUGCCUCAUCACCAGUCAGCAACAUCCCCAACGACGGCCCAAUUACCAAGCUGCGCAGCCAUGUCGCGGCCGUCUUUGCGGAUGCCCAAAAGUCAAACACUGGCCACCGGAAACUGGUUAUCAACCUGCGCAAGAUCCAGGAGGCAUGUUGCUACGAGCCGCUGAGCUCAAAGAAGAAGCAGGCCGAGUACGACUUUGACGAGGAUGACUUCAACACCGAGGUCGUGCGCUGUGUCCUGCGUGUCCUGCCCAUCAAGAAGAGCGAGACUGUCGGCGAUCGAAUCGUCAAGUUCCUGGGCAUCUUUNUGCGGGUUGCCAGCGAAAAGGACAAUCAGCUUGUAGCCGAUCAGAAUGGUGCCCUGCCAGAGACACCUACUUCGCGUCUGACGAACGCCAUCCUAAACACUUUGUUGCAGCUACUUUCAACCAAAGACAAGAUUGUGCGAUUCAGAGCUACUCAGAUUAGCGCUCACAUCAUCAACACGCUCGAUACUCUCGAUGAUCAGAUGUUCCACCUGCUCCGCCUGGCCCUGCUCAAGCGUAUCCACGACAAAGAGUCUUCAGUCCGCAUGCACGCCAUAUACGGCUUGAGCCGUCUUGCCGCUGAACUUGACGAAGACCAACAAGACGAAGACAGCGACGAUGACGAUGCUAGUUCGGGUGUCUUGGAAAAGCUCCUCAACGUCCUCCAAAACGACCCAUCCGCCGAGGUCCGCCGUGCUCUUCUUCUCAACCUUCCCCUCACACCUACGACCCUCCCAUACCUACUCGAACGUGCAAGAGACUUGGAUGCCGCAACACGUCGCGCGUUAUACGCUCGUCUCCUACCCGCAUUGGGCGACUUCAGACAUCUCAGUCUGACACACAGAGAGAAGCUGCUCCGAUGGGGUCUUCGCGAUCGUGACGAGACGGUGCGCAAGGCCACUGCUCGCCUGUUCAGAGAGCGCUGGAUCGAGGACUGUGCUGCUCUACCUGCAGCCAGUGCCCCAGAAGAAGAGACGGAAGACGGCAAGAAGAAGCCAGGAGUCACAAAAGCUGCCGAUCCCAGUCUUGAAGCUCUUUUCGAACUGCUCGAGCGUAUCGAUGUCGCAAACUCUGGAAAUGCUGGAGGUGUAGCACUCGAAGCAAUGAGCGAGUUCUGGGACGGUCGUCCUGACUACAGAGAAUAUGUCACUUUUGACUCUGAGGCCUUCUGGGACGAGCUUUCACCAGAAAGUGUCUUUGUCGCUCGCACCUUCAACGACUAUUGCCGCGCCAAGGACGCCCAAGGAGACGGAAGAUUACUGGACAUGCUCGAGAUGAAGAUGCCCGAAGUCACAAAGUUUGGUUUUCUGCUCGAGAUUCAGAUCAACAAGUUGAUCGAGUGCGUGCGAGGAGCUGCUUCUGGCGGACCAGAUGGAGAUGGCGACGAAGAUAUGGAAGAAGAGAGUGUUCAACGCGAAUUCAUUGUCGAGCAAAUGCUUCACAUGGCCAUUAGCUUUGACUACAGCGACGAAGUUGGUCGCAGGAAGAUGUUUGGCCUCAUGCGCGAAGCUCUCACCAUGCCCGAGCUACCAGAAGAGUCCACCAGGUUAGCAGUAGAAACCCUGCGUCUAGUCUGUGGAGACGACAGAAGCGACAAAGGUGAGAGCGAUUUUUGCGGCAUCGUUCUUGAAGCCAUCGCUGAGGUCCAUGAUACUAUCAUGGGUGACGAAGGCGACAAGACAAAAAGCUCUACAGGAGAAGAGAGUUUCCAUUCCGCAAGGAGUGAAGUCAGCAGCGACAACUCGGCGAAAAGGGGUAAGAACUCUAGACGAUCAGAGAACGAUGACGAAGAAGAGGAAGACGACGACGAGGAGAAGGCUAUCCGUGAGAUCAUGGUCAACAUGAAGUGUCUGCAUAUUGCGCAAUGUAUGCUUCAAAACAUCCAAUGCGAGCUCGAGCAGACAGUCCAUUUGGUGACUAUGCUCAACAACCUCGUCAUUCCAGCCGUCAGAAGCCAGGAAGCGCCCAUAAGAGAGCGUGGUCUGGUCUGCCUGGGGCUCUGCUGUUUACUCGGAAAGGGCCAUGCAUCUUUACAAACCAUCGCGCUCCAGAUCAUCACAGAUAUCCUCACGACACACCCCUCGCUACUUGCUCCUGUCGCGUCGUCGGGUGAUGGUGACGAAACCUCUGCUACAGUGUCUGCUACCGAACCCUCGCCACUACUAAAACCUGUUCUCAAGACCUACUCCAAGUCAUUGAAGUCUGAAGAUGUGGAUGUCCAGUCGACUGGCGCAUCGGCUUUGUCGAAGCUCAUGCUUUCGCAACUGAUCACAGAUCCUGAUCUACUCAAGGGUCUGGUCAUCGCAUUUUUCGAUCCCGAGACGAACGGGAACGCAUCUCUCAGACAAGCACUGACAUAUUUCCUGCCUGUGUAUUGCCACUCGAGAGCAGCAAAUGCAGAGAGAAUGGCUACUAUCGCUACAGGCGUCAUUACUCGUCUUGCUGCUCUCAGAGAAGCGUUCAUCGAGGAUGAGGACGUCGAAGAAGGCGAGAUGGUAACGCUGAGUGUGGUCGGUGGUAUGCUCGUUGACUGGACAGAUCCUCGAAAGGUGAUUGGCAGCAGCGAGGAAGCAAAGACUGGCAAGCUCAGAGUCGAAGAGGGAGCAGCUCCUGAUAGCGACAUGAUUCACUUUGUGCUCGCAGAGCAGAUCCUCGAGAGGCUGGUGACAAGUCAAACAAGCANNGACGAACGCAAGGUCUUGUUCUCUAUGCUGAGCAAGCUCCACUUGACCGUCUCAUCUCCAGACCCUGGCCUGCUCCGCACGGUUCUCGAGCUGGUCGCAGAAGCGAUCGAGUCCAAGGUGGCAUCUGACGCAACCAGUCGCAACGCUCUUGCCAAGAUGCAGACGACGUUACUCAAGCUCAUGCACGACAUUGCGACAGCAGAAAGAGGUGGUGGCAGCGAGGAGACGGUGGUCGAGGAUGCCACUGUUGUACAGAGGACAGAUGUCGACGAGACGGCCCAGUCUGUGACGGGUGCAGAGGCAAGAGAAGAGGAGGAAGAGGCCACCGCGGUUGAAGCUGAAGAUGAUCCGGUCAAUGCACAAUUGAGACGAGAACUCGAGUCGACACGGAUUGAAGAUCCUGACGCUGAGGGUACGCGGAUGGACAUUGACGAAGAGAUGGAGGACUAUGACUUUAGUGGCAUGGCCGACGACAAGGAUGUUCAGGCAUUGAUGGACAGCAUGGUGGAUGACGAUGAUGACUUGAUUGAA